AUGGCCGCGGCUAUUGAAUCACAACUUCCGAACACAUCACAUUUGUUAUGCUCAUGGCACAUUAGCAACAAAUUCCCCGAGAAACUUGCAACAUAUUAUUCCAAGGAAGGGUUUAAAUUUGAUUUCAACAAUUGCAUAUAUCACUCUUUGACUGAAGUUGUGUUUGAAGAUCGGUGGAAUGCUUUGGUUUUGAAGUACAAUUUGGAAGGCAAUACAUGGCUUCAAGGGUUAUAUGCUUUGAAGCAUAAGUGGGUCGAGGCUUACACAAGAAACACUUUUUCUGCGGGUCAAAAGACCACAUCAAGAAGUGAAGGAAUGAAUGCAUAUUUCGAUGCCUAUGUUGGUUCUUGCACUGGUUUGAAAGAUUUUGUAGAGGGUGCACAAAAAGCUUUGGAGAGGCAAUUCAUGCGUGAGAAAGACGAGGAUUAUGUGACGUUUCAUAGAAGUCGUUGCAUGCAAAUGAAAACCGCUCUGGAGCACCACGCAGCUUCCAUUUAUACGAAAGAAAUGUUUCGAAGAUUUCAGGAACAGUUGGUUGAAUCAUCUAAGUACUUUGUGGAGAAAGAUAGAGAUCGGUCCUUGGAAGAUGUUCAAGACACGUUCUACAAAUGUUAUAGACCGUUGAUGCGUGCUUCUCAGAGAAACACGUAUCUUGUAUCAUUCAACAAGGUGUCAUUAUGGGGUUCAUGCAUUUGUAGAAUGUAUGACAAUGUUGGCAUACCAUGCCGUCACAUUAUUGCCGUCUUGACGAAGAGGUGUGUGGCGGAACUACCGGAACAUUUUGUGAAACGGCGUUGGACAAGGGACGCCAAUAGAGUUGAUGGCAAGUUGCCAUAUCACACGUCCGAAUUUCAAUCACCAUCUCAUGAAAUGACUCCCACGGAAAGAUUCAACCACAUGACAUUACUUACCAUGGCGUUUAGUCAUAGUUGCAUGGCAUCGAAAGAGCGGUAUGAGUAUGCCGUUGGGGUUAUUAAUCGGGAAACGGAAAUACUUGAGAGCAUGCCCGUUGACGGGGUCGAAAAUGAAGGAGGUGAAUUAAAUCCAAAAACAACUCAAGAAGGUGGUGAGAAAUUGCAUGAGAGUGAAAUGGCCGACGGUUCGGAUGAUGAGUCAGUGUCACACGUCAGCAACUCAAUCUCGGACUCGGAAGAAAUGUGUGAUUCACCUAGUUUUAGCUUCUUGGAGGACGCGAUUCGUGAGCUCGACGAACUUGCAGAAAUGUACGAACCACCAUCCCACUCGGAAGAAAUGUGUGAUUCACCUAGUUUUAGCUUCUUGGAGGAAGCAAUUCAUGAGCUGGACGAAUUGGCACAGAUGCACGAACCACCUCCCCAAUUGGAGGAAGAAGACACCGAGUUGUACCCGCCUGAGGAAGCGGCCUACCGGUCAAGAAAUUAG